AUGAUUUCUGCAACCGCCCCCCAAAGUACACCAUUGCCUAAGCCGAUCUUGCGAAAUACGAGUUUCAAUCAUGAUCCAGAUCGGGUGCCACUCACAGUCGACGAGCUCGUCCGAAGCCGUGCGUCUCUUGGUUCCGAACAACCCGUGAUAUGUUAUCCAAGAACCGGCAUUGAAUACGUGGACUACCCAUUGCGCCAACUAGAUAUCUUUGCUUUUCGAGUCGCCGGAGCCAUCGCUGCUAAGGUCCCACCUCGAGCUUCCUCAAGAGAGACCCCAACAGUGGUUUCCCUGCUGGGAACCUCCGAUCUCAGCUACCUUGUCAUGCUCCUCGCGGUGGCGAAGCUGGGACACACCGGGCUGCUUCUCUCAACUCGGAUCUCUAUCGAAGCGUAUGUGUCAUUGUUGGAAAGAACGAACUCACGCCAUGUUUUCAUCCAUGAAUCUUUCAAAGCCACGGCUGAGGAGCUCAAGCAGCGGCUCCCGGAUCUGCAAGUCGAGGUGAUACCACCACAGGAAUCCUUCGAUUUUCCGAUUCCAGACGAGGCUGUUGAUACGAACAUGGUCCCUUGGCUAGAUCCUGUGGCCGAAUCCAAGCACCUGGCGUGGAUCAUCCACUCGAGUGGUUCAACUGGCCUCCCGAAACCAAUCUACCAGACUCAGGCAGCUGCCGUCAGGAACUAUUCCGGUCAUAUGAAUAUGUCCGGAUUCAUCACUUUGCCGCUGUACCAUAAUCAUGGAAUCAGUGUCCUGUUCCGGACAAUCUACUCAUCAAAGAGGCUCUAUCUCUACAACGCUGAACUUCCGCUCACCAGACAACAUCUGCUUGAUAUCAUGCAAGCACAUCCUCUCGAAAUCUUCUACGGCGUGCCGUACGCCUUGAAAUUGCUCGCCGAGACAGCGGAGGGCAUUGCUGCUCUUGCACAGUUCAAGGCGGUUAUGUUCGGAGGAUCUGCAUGCCCGGACUCGCUGGGAAAUCUACUCGUCGAGAACAACGUCAAUCUGAUCAGUCACUACGGAUCGACGGAAACAGGCCAACUGAUGACCUCCUUCAGGCCGCGAGAUGAUAAAGAAUGGGAUUAUCUCAGGCCUUCGGAGGUAGUGAAGAAAUUCCUGCGAUUCGAAGAGCGCUACCCGGGGAUAUUUGAAUUAGUUUGCCUCGAUGGUUGGCCUUCGAAGGUGAUUUCUAACCGACCAGAUGGAUCCUACGCCACCAAGGAUCUGUUCGUAAAGCACCCGACCCUGGAAGCAUAUAAAUAUUACGCCCGGCUGGAUGACACCAUCGUCCUCGUGAAUGGAGAAAAGGUUAACCCCCUUGAUAUGGAAGGAAGGGUCAGACAACUCAAUACAAUCUCCGAGGCGAUUGUUUUUGGAGCAGGAAAGGCGAGCAUCGGGCUGGCGGUUGUUCGUGCGCCCGAGACUGCCUCCAUGUCUGAUCAAGAACUUAUUGAGAGUAUCUGGCCCGCCGUCGAGCAGGCGCAUGAGGCAAUGCCGGCGUACGGACAGCUCUUGAAAAGCAUGGUCCGCGUGCUACCGGAAGAUACCCCCUACCCGCGAACGGACAAGGGAACCAUUAUCCGACAAAGAUUUUACAAAGAAUUCAGUAGCCUGAUCGAAGAAGCAUAUGAGGCGGAGGAUGCCAUGAGUGGAUCGCUUGUUCUAUCCGAAACGGAGCUCAAGGCCUUCAUCAAGGACCAACUGCGCGAUAUUCUGGCACACAAAAAGAAAGAUGACCUGACGGAAGAUGCUGACUUCUUUGCCCUUGGGAUGGACUCUCUCCAGGCUACCCAGCUUCGAUCUAUCCUGAUGAAGACGCUCAAUACAAACGGCCAAAAGCUAGGCCUGAAUGUGGCGUUUGAGCAUCCUACGAUCAGGUCUCUGGCUCGCUAUCUUGAUUCCCUUAACUCAGGAGCUACAACCGAUGUUCAGUCUGUGGAAGACCAAAUGGCUGAAUUAAUCUCGAAGUAUAGCGACUUCCAGCAACACGUUCCAAUGUCGAAUGGCUUAGAUGGGAGAUAUAUUGUUAUCACAGGCGCUACCGGUUCAUUAGGAGCUCACGUAGUCAGGAAGCUUUCCGUCCGUCCAGAGGUGCAGAAGAUCUACUGUCUUGUCCGCGCCGGCUCACCAAUCGAAGCCUACGGCCGCGUACUCCAAUCCAUGCGCAGUCGCCGCGUGUUUGAUGGCCUUACGGACGCCGCUAAACAGAAAAUCGUUGCUCUGCCAUCCGACCUAUCCCAGUCUACUUUGGGACUGGAUACUUUAACCUAUAGCACGUUGACCUCCAAGAUUACGGACGUCAUCCAUUGUGCCUGGUCUGUGAACUUCAACAUGCACCUCAGCAGCUUCGAGAAGGACAACGUCGGAGGCCUCAAGCAUCUCCUAGAUCUAUGUCUCAAGGCUCAACGCCCAGCCCCAGCAUCAUUCAACUUCUGCUCCUCAGUCAGCUCGGUGGUGGGCACAGCCGAAGACGACAUUCCCGAGGCACUCCCCAAGAAGCUCUCAUGUGCCCAAAACAUGGGCUACGCCCAAUCAAAGCUCGUAAGCGAACACAUAUGCAUGAACGCCGCACAGCAAGCAGGCAUCUGUGCGAGGGUACUCCGAAUUGGCCAGGUAAUUGGCGACCAGGACCACGGUGUCUGGAAUGCAACAGAGGCCAUCCCACUCAUGCUACAAACCGCAACAACUAUCGGGGCACUCCCGAAACUCAACGAAUCGCCGCUGUGGCUGCCAGUAGACACUGUUGCGGGUACCGUCAUCGACAUUUCCCUGUCCAGCACGGCGGUCUCCAAUCCCGACACAGAGCUUGUCUUCAACAUCGUCAGCCACCACGCGUUCCACUGGACCAAGGACCUCCUCCCCUAUGUUCGCGAUGCGGGUCUGGAGUUCGAGGAGCUGGAGCAACGGGACUGGAUACAUCGUCUGAGAACGUCAAACCCAGAUCCUGUCGCCAACCCGCCUAUCAAGCUUGUUGAUUUCUUCGCAAGCAAGUACGACACCGAUAAACCCCGACGGUCGUUCAACUGGCAUACUGAACGGGCAAGGGAAGUGUCAACGACCUUGGCUGAUGCAAGACCCCUGGAUCAGGAGCUUGUUGGAAAGAUGAUAGGGUAUUUCCGAAAGGAAUGUUGGUCUUUGGAGAAAUGA